CACUUAAUAACAGCAGGAAGACAACACAGUCUACUAUGGAUGAGGAGAGAGAGGUGGGGGGUUCUACCUCUAAGACCACUCUGUCUUGGGAACAUGGCCGCCAGAGCAAAGCUAAGAGGAAUGGCCUCUGCAAUCACUUCCUGGUCUGAGGAGAACUUUUCAUGUUCCAUCUGUCUGGAUGUGUUCAGCAGUCCAGUUUCCACACCAUGUGGACACAACUUCUGCAGAACCUGUAUUACAAAGUACUUGGAUGAACAAGUCAAGUACAAAUGUCCCGUUUGCAACAAGCUUUUCGACACAAGACCUGAUCUACAGGUCAAUACCCUCUUAUCAGAGAUGGUUGAUCGGUUUGGAACGUCCGUAAGAGUAAGAGAGCAGCCUUAUGUUGAACCAGCUGAAGUUCCCUGUGACGUUUGUACUGGGACCCAGCUGAAGGCUGUGAAGUCCUGCCUGGAGUGUUUUAUGUCGUUCUGCCAAACCCACCUGGAGCCUCAUCAGAGAGUCACAGUUUUGAAGAAACAUCGGCUGGCCGAGCCUAUGGACCGUCUGGAAGGCAGGAUGUGUAAGAAACACGACCGACUUCUGGAGCUCUUCUGCCAGACUGAACAGGUGUGUGUGUGUCAGUUCUGCACAGAGAAAGACCACAGGUCCCAUCCUGUUGUACCUCUAAAGGAGGAAUAUGAAGUGAAGACGGCCCAGCUGGGGAAGAUAGAGGCUGAAGUUCAGCAGAUGAUCCAGGAGAGAAAAAUAAAGCUCAAGGAGAUCAAAGACACAGUAGAAAUGAGCAAGAAAGACGCAGACAUCACUGCUCUGAUGCGCUGCAUUGAAAAGUGGCAGGAUUAUCUCAAGCAAAUGGUGAAAGAGAGACUGAAAUCCACAGUGAAACAAGCUGAAGACCUCAUCAAAGAGCUGGAGAAGGAAAUAGAAGAUCUGACCAAUAGAAGCUCAGAGCUGAAGCAGCUCUCACACACUAAAGACCACCUCCACUUCCUCCAGACCUUCAGAUCCCUGAAGAACCCUCCACCCACCAGGGACUGGACGACGGUGGAGGUCCGUCCUCCGUCAUACGUAGGGACCAUGAGGAGAUCCCUGGAUCAGCUGGAGGAGAUACUUAACAUGGAGAUGAAGAAGCUGUGUGAUGAUGCUGAACUGAAGAGGGUCCAGCAGUAUGAAGUAGAUGUGACUCUGGAUCCUGAUACAGCUCAUCCCUGUCUCAUCCUGUCUGAGGAUGGGAAACAAGUACAUGAUGGAGAUGAAGAGAGGAAACUCCCAGACAACCCGAAGAGAUUUACGAAGCAACUAUGUGUUCUAACGAGGCAGAGCUUCUCCUCAGGGAGAUUUUACUUUGAGGUCCAGGUUAAAGACAAGACUGGAUGGGGUUUAGGAGUGGCCAGAGAGUCCAUCAACAGAAACAGUUUCAUUAUAGUGACCCCUGAGACGGGUUACUGGACUGUUUACUACGAAGAGGAUGGGUUGUUAUUUAGUGAUGACCCUGAUGUCCGUCUCCCUCUGAGUGCUGAGCUCCAGAAGGUGGGGGUGUUUGUUGAUUAUGAUGAGGGUCUGGUCUCCUUCUAUGAUGUGGAAGCCAGGGUUCAUAUCUACUCUGCUACUGGCUGCACCUUCAGUGAGCCUCUCUAUCCAAUCCUCUGUCCAAGUCUCUAUGAUUAUAAAGGUAAUAACUCUGCCCCCCUGAUCAUCUCACCUGUCAAUCAAACAGACUAGGACCUUUGUUUGAUAAUAAAAUAAUCAAACAACCUAAACAACUGAUGUUGUUUUCUGAAUUAGAAUCUCUACUAUGUGAGAUCUGAGAGAACUAUAUUCAUAUUGUGGUUUUCACUCUAAUUUAAAAGAUCAAUAAAUUAAUCCACUAACACUCUGUAAUCUAAAAAAUAUAACCCAUUAUA